UCUCUCUCUCUCUCUCUCUCUCUCUCUAAAAAACAGAGUUUCCAUUUUGGAGUCUAUCUCUCUCUGCCUCUCUUCUGCGUGAACGAAAGAGAGAAAAACUAGGGUUUGUGGCCGGCAAUGAGUUGGUACGCGUUUUACCAGAGGGCCUCGAGAGCCUCUCACGACUACCCUUCCAUUACGAAACUCGCCGUUCUCUUCACCGUCAGUGGUGGAGGUCUUCUGGCUUUUUCUGAUGCCAGACCAUUCCAUGGUGCUUAUGCUGAUGCCAUUCCAGUGGAUCACAAGAAAAAGAGAGUGGUUGUACUUGGGACUGGCUGGGCUGGCACAAGUUUUUUGAAAAAUCUGAAAGAUCCUUCAUAUGAAGUUCAGGUGGUGUCACCUCGUAACUAUUUUGCAUUUACUCCUCUGCUACCUAGUGUUACAUGUGGUACAGUGGAAGCAAGAAGCAUUGUUGAACCAGUUCGCAACAUUGUUAAGAAGAAAGGUUUAGAUGUUAAAUUUAGGGAAGCUGAAUGUCUCCAAAUCGAUGCAGUGAACAAAAAAGUCUAUUGUCGAUCGAAUCCAGAUAACAAUUUGGGUGGGGAACAAAAUUUUACAGUCGACUAUGACUACCUGGUGAUAGCUAUGGGAGCCCGUUCAAAUACAUUCAACACUCCUGGAGUUGAGGAGAAUUGCCACUUCUUGAAGGAAGUAGAAGAUGCUCAGAAAAUCCGAAGGACAGUGAUUGAUUGUUUUGAAAAGGCAACCCUUCCAUCCAUAAGUGAAGAAGAGAGGAAGAAAAUUCUACAUUUUGUAAUUGUCGGUGGAGGUCCUACUGGGGUGGAGUUUGCGGCUGAGCUUCAUGACUUCGUCACUGAAGAUUUGGCCAAGUUAUAUCCUACAGCCAAAGAUGAUGUCAAAAUAACACUUCUUGAGGCUGCAGAUCACAUACUCAACAUGUUUGACAAAAGAAUUACUGCCUUUGCUGAAGAGAAGUUCCAAAGAGAUGGCAUUGAUUUGAAAACAGGGUCAAUGGUUGUUAAAGUAACUGAUAGUGAAAUCUCUACUAAAGAAAGAGCAACUGGUGAGAACCAGUCGAUACCAUAUGGAAUGGUCGUCUGGUCAACUGGUAUUGGAACUCGCCCAGUCGUUAUGGAUUUUAUGAAGCAAAUUGGUCAGGGUAACAGGCGUGCUUUAGCAACUGAUGAGUGGCUCAGGGUGGAAGGAUGUGAUAACAUAUAUGCGCUAGGUGAUUGUGCUACAAUUAACCAACGCAGAGUCAUGGAAGACAUUAUGGCCAUAUUUAGUAAGGCAGACAAGAAUCAAUCUGGUACGCUAACUGUGGCAGAUUUUAAAGAUGUCAUUAAAGAUAUAUGUGAAAGGUAUCCUCAAGUGGAAAUCUAUUUGAAGAGGAAGCAGUUGAAGAAUUUUGUUAAUUUACUGAAGAACUAUCAAGGAAAUGCCCAAAAGGAAAUCAUUGAUAUCGAACUGUUCAAAGAAGCUCUUUCUGAAGUGGAUGCACAAAUGAAAAAUCUUCCAGCAACUGCACAGGUUGCUGCUCAACAAGGUGCUUACCUUGCCAACUGUUUUAACCGCAUGGAAAGGUGUGAAACGUAUCCUGAAGGUCCACUAAGGUUCAGGGGGUCUGGACGCCAUAGGUUUCAUCCCUUCAGGUACAAGCAUCUUGGCCAAUUUGCUCCGCUGGGUGGAGAACAAACUGCAGCUCAACUUCCUGGGGAUUGGGUCUCAAUCGGUCAUAGCACCCAGUGGCUUUGGUAUUCUGUGUAUGCAAGCAAACUGGUCAGCUGGCGCACAAGAAUGCUGGUAAUAUCUGACUGGGGAAGGCGCUUUAUUUUUGGAAGGGACUCAAGCCGAAUCUGAGACCACAGCCACUGCUUAAUACAAUAAAAUUCAUUCGAUCACACGAGCUGUUACAGAGCUGUAGUAAAGCAAAUUUUGUUCUCAUUUCACAUUAAAAUUUUGACUGCGAUUAAUACUUAAAUUUUUUGUCAAGCUUAUAUCAGCAGUUACAAUUCCAUUGGUGUGACAUUCCUGGAUUAUGUAUUUCAUUAAUAUUUCUUACACACUUCAUUCUGCUUUCAA